AUGAGGGUAAAAGGCCUAGGAGCAAGAAAGCAAUUUGGUCGGACGACUCGGAAUCGGACCGAUCCCCGAGAUGAGACGCCAAGAACAAGACGACCCACAAGGGCAGAAAGGAAGCCGAGAAGAAACAUAAGGAUAGCGACCGUAGACGAGAAGAAGUUAAGGAUGCGGAAAAGAAGCCCAUGAAAAAGUCUAACGAAGGACCUAGGCAGGGAUCGGGAUCUGGAACUAAGCGAAAAGCUGGCGACGACGAUAAUAAGCCUGCGAAGAGGAUCGUGAAGGACCAAGUCAAGUCGGCCGUGAAGGACGCUAAGCGGAAGACAUCCAAGAAGGAUCCCCAGCCUCACUUCAGCGGCGGAGGAGCAGGUGAACAGCCAGGUACAAUUAAGAAAAACUUCUCGUCCUACGAAGAGAAGAAAGAUUCGCAAAAUUCAAUUUGGUGGGAGGGGUUUUUAGGAGGCGAAUACUACCUCCGACUCCAAACAUGGCAUAACAACUCAAAAACAUAUUUAUCUUUACGCAAAAAUCAAAAUGUGGGCGCAAAUAUUCUGGUCGACCACUAUUGGUCAUUAGUAAAAGCGUUAGAAGAAAUGCGCAACGACGUUGGUAGCAUGCUCCCGGCAAAACCGGACGCUUAGAGCUUUAUUUGAUGUUAAGCUCACUAAAAGUUUUAAAAUUCAAAUUUUGGUUACAAAUACUAGAUUAUUAGUUAUUGCUCCAUAAAUCCUCUCAAUACUUACCUUCAAAUUAGCACCGGAUCAAUUCUGAAAAUAAAUAAAUUCCAAUACUUCA